AGUCAAAGCUGAGAUGUGCGGUGCGGUCUUUGCAGCUCGAUUAAAAACUUACAUCGUAACAAGAGGAGCAACUCCUGAAGACCAGGGAGAGGGCUCAGAGUGGCAGAGGGGACCUGAGUUCCUGGUGAGGCCGCUAGAAGAAUGGCCCAUGAAGUCGGCCGUGGAGGUGGCAACCGGUGCCAGAGAGAGUGUGGGCAAGCUUCAAAGAAAGGCAUUCUCGGUAAUACUCACCAGAGCCCAGUCAAACAAAACCCCUAUCCAUGACGACACCAGUGGAAAGGACGCAGAGGCUGAGGAGUCCCUAGUUAAGGUUGGCGGAUCCCCAGAAACCUCCGAAAGGGAAGAAGCUUCAGUCUUGACAGAGAGAAGACCGGAAGGGAAGUUUCGGAGCAUUGCUGUUCUGAACCUGGUGAAACCAGAGAGGUUCAGCAGUCUGGCUAGGCUAUGUGGAGUGGUCGCAUGGGUCCGGCGAGCUGCAGAGAAAUGGCUGACUAAAAGAGGCCGAGCGGCGGGUCAAGCAAAGUGGGAGGCAAGAGUCCUGGACAACAGAAAAGUCAAACCUGUGCCUCUGCGGGGGAACCUGGCUUCGGGGUCGUUGAAGAUUCCGAAGUGGAGAACUAAGAAGAAGAAACCUCCUCAGACACCACCACCAGAGCAAGGUUAUUUAGGUUGGUGGCCUCCUUGGGUCAUCCGACCAGGAGGCCAAGUGGGAGGUGUGCUGUAAAUUCAUGGUUUGUACUGGGUGUAUGAGGGUUCAAUUAAUGGGGUUCAGUUUAUGUGAGUGUGACUUUAAAUCUGGAUGGAGAUUCGCGGGGUUUAUUGAUGUGUA